AUGCCCAGUCGGAAACCCGCGCACGGGGGCUGUCUAGACCCACGUCUCGGAGUGUCAGACAAGGUCUCGGCCUGUGCAACUUGCAAACGAAAAUUGGUGGAUUGUGCGGGACAUUUUGGCUACAUUAGAUUAGCCUUGCCCGUCUUUCAUAUUGGAUUCUUACGCCAUACACUACAUCUGCUCCAAUGCGUCUGCAAAACCUGUUCCAGGGUACUCAUGCCCGAGUCGGAUCGGCAAAAGCAUUUGAGCCGCAUGCGCAGUCCAAAGACUGAUGCGUUGAGUAAGGCGGCACUCUUCAAAAAGGUGGUGGAAAAAUGCAAAAAAGUUCGCGUGUGUCCGCAUUGUGGAGGACACAACGGUACGGUAAAAAAGAUCACCGGUGUGCCGACGCUUAAAAUCGUACACGAGCGCUACAAGGGACGAAACGCCGAGGACGAGCUGGACGAACUAAUUGCCAAUCUAGAAGUCUCCUUGAAGAUGAAUAAGGAUGUCGGGACUGCCAUUUCUGGGUCGAGUCUUCCCUACGAGGAUUUGUUGCCAACUCGAGCUUUGGAGAUCUUUACGCACAUCUCCGACGAUGACUGCGAAGUCUUAUGGAUCGAUCCGCUCAUUGGGCGACCAGAGACGCUCAUUUUGCAGAGUAUUCUCGUCCCGCCAGUUCCCAUUCGACCGUCGGUGGCGAUGGAUGUUGGUGGAGGUAGCAACGAGGAUGAUCUUACCGUCAAGUUACAGGAGAUAAUUGAUGUCAAUGUGGCUUUGGAACUGGCCUUGAUGAAGGGUCCCCAGACACGCACCAUUAUGGAAGAGUGGGACUUUUUGCAAGUACAAGUUGCGCAGUACAUCAAUGGCGAGAUGCCAGGUUUGCAAAGACCGAUCGGGUCGAAACCCAUGAGGGGCCUAUGUCAGCGUCUUAAAGGAAAGCAAGGUCGAUUUCGAGGGAAUCUUUCGGGAAAGCGGGUAGACUUUUCCGCCCGUACCGUAAUUUCUCCUGAUCCCAACCUUCGUGUAGAUCAAGUUGGUGUCCCGGAGCGCGUCGCUAAAACCAUGACGUAUCCGGAACGAGUGUCACGUUACAAUAUCGAGAAGCUUCGUCAAAGGGUCCGGAACGGGCCGGACGUUCACCCUGGGGCCAAUCUUAUCCGCAUGAAGGACGGCUCGUUCGUCAAGUCGCUAUCGUUCGGCGACCGAGAGCUUGUGGCCAAGAAUUUGCGGUACGGAGAUGUUGUGGAGCGUCACAUGGAAGACGAUGACGUCGUAUUGUUUAAUCGACAGCCAUCGCUACACAAGGUUUCAAUUAUGGCUCAUCGUGCCAAGGUCAUGGAAUGGAAGACCUUCCGCUUCAAUACCUGCGUGUGCGCUCCCUACAACGCCGAUUUCGACGGAGACGAGAUGAAUAUGCAUUUACCGCAAACGGAAGAAGCACGUACGGAAGCCUCACUACUGAUGGGUGUAAAACACAACCUUACGACGCCUCGCAAUGGAGAGCCUUUGGUUGCGGCCAGUCAGGAUUUUCUCUCGGCGUCAUACAUGCUGACGCAGCGGGAUCGCUUUUUUACCCGGGAGCAGUUCUGCCAGUUGGUGUCUUACUACAGUGAUGCGUCAGAAGACAUUGACAUACCUUUCCCCACAAUUCUUAGACCUGUAGAGUUGUGGACGGGCAAGCAAGUAUUUGGCAUGAUGUUGCGACCAAACAGGAAGUCCUCCGUUCUCGUCAGUUUUGAAAACAAAGAAAAAAAUUACACAACGAACAAAUACUUUUGUAAGAAUGAUGGGUGGGUUGCGUUCCGAAACAGCGAACUUGUAAGUGGCAACAUUGCAAAGAAAUCUAUUGGGGACGGCAGUAAAAGUGGCUUGCUGUACAUUCUACUCCGAGAUUGCGGUGUGCACGAAGCCGCGAGCUGUAUGGACCGAUGGGCAAAGUUCUGUUCUCGUUUUAUGGGUGGUCAUCGUGGAUUGUCGAUCGGAAUUUCGGAUGUCACACCGUCCGCUCGCUUACGAGAUAUAAAACAUGGGAUUCUUUCUGAGGGAUACAAAAAGGAAAGAUUGAUCACGCCGAUGAAACAAGGAAGGCUAGAACUCCGUCCUGGUUGUGAUUUGUUGCAAUCUCUAGAAGAGAUCUUGAACGGAAUUCUUGGCCGACUACGAGAAUCAGCAGGUCAGGAAGCCAUGAAGGCUCUACCGUGGACGAAUACACCUCGCAUCAUGGCAGAAUGUGGGUCAAAAGGCAGUCCAUUGAACAUUUCGCAGAUGAUAUCUUGUGUCGGACAGCAAGCCGUAGGCGGCAUGCGUAUCCAAGAUGGGUUUGUAAACAGGUGUCUCCCACAUUUCGAAUAUCACAGCCUUAUACCAUCAGCCAAAGGAUUUGUAGCCAAUUCGUUUUACACCGGUUUAACGGCAACCGAAUUCUUUUUUCACGCCAUGGGAGGGCGAGAGGGCUUGGUAGACACGGCUGUUAAAACAGCUGAGACUGGUUAUAUGGCCCGUCGAUUAAUGAAAGCUCUUGAGGAUCUGUCUUUACAGUAUGACUCAUCGGUUCGCAAUAGCGAGAACACGGUUGUGCAGUUUACGUACGGCGACGAUGGUUUAAAUCCAAACAUGAUGGAGAACAACGAUAGGCCAGUCGAUUUUGAACGCCUACGCUUGCACAUAAGCCAAACAACUCCUUGUCCAACUGAGGAUUGUUUGAGUGCCGCUGCUUUAAGCACUACCGUUGAGAAGAAGUUGGCGGAGCCGAGAUUCCAGGCGUUACUACCAACAGGUCGUGUCUUUAUGCAGGAAAUUCGAGACUUUUUCAACUCAUUGGCGGAGAACCAAAACUCCCGCAUGACGGAGACGCAACUCGAGUUGCUGUUGACGGAGGCAUUGGACAAGUGUAUGCUUGCAUAUGUAGAGCCUGGCGAAGCAGUUGGUGCGAUUGGAGCUCAGAGCAUUAGCGAACCCGGUACACAGAUGACCUUGAAGACUUUCCAUUUCAGUGGUAUCAGCUCCAUGAACGUGACGCUCGGCGUGCCGCGAUUAAAGGAGAUCAUUAACGCGGCCAAACUGAUCUCAACACCUAUCAUCACAGCGAAGCUCGAAUGCGACAAUAACAAAGUUGCUGCACGUAUCGUGAAAGCGGUGAUUGAGAAAACUACUCUGGGUGAGGUGUCGAAGUACAUGAAAGAGGUGUACGCUCCUGGGAGCUGCUAUAUAAGUGUUGAACUAGAUAUGGAUGCUAUUGAACAGUUGAAGCUCAACGUCGACGUACAUAGUGUCCGUCGCUCCAUUCUUUACGGAACCAAAGGGAUCGCAAAGAAUGCGGGAAUGCAAAUGCUCAAAGCGGCGUUACCUAAUGUAAUUGUUCAAGGAAUUCCGACUGUAGCGCGAGCUGUUAUCAACGAAAGCAACCAAUCGGGUACACCGACAUACAAUUUAUUGAUGGAGGGCUACGGUCUACAAGACGUUAUGGGAAGCCCCGGUAUAGACGGAUUACAUACAACAACAAAUCACGUCUUAGAAGUUGAAGAUGUUCUUGGAGUCGAAGCCGCGAGGACACAGAUAUCUGCUGAGAUCGACAAUAUUAUGAGCGCAUACGGUAUCGGUAUUGAUCAACGACAUCUACUUUUGCUUUCGGAUGUUAUGACGUUCAAGGGAGAAGUUUUAGGCAUCACCCGGUUUGGUGUUUCUAAAAUGAGGGAGAGCGUUCUGAUGUUGGCGUCGUUCGAGAAGACAACUGACCAUUUAUUCGACGCGGCUGUACAUGGUCGAACAGACACAAUCGUUGGAGUCAGUGAAUGCAUUAUUAUGGGAAUGGAAGUACCAGUUGGAACUGGGCUACCCGCAUUGUACUGGAAAUGCACAAACUGA